AAGCUUUGAAGAGCCAUGAAUGGAAACAACGAUGAAAUCAGAAGAAGCCCUGCUAAUUUGGUUCCUGCCGCGGCCGACAACAAUAACGGCGGUGGCGGCUACGCUUUGAGCGGCAAAAUCAUGCUCAGCGCCACCGUCGUCUUGUUCUUCGUGGUGGUGCUCGUGUUCGCUCUCCAUAUCUACGCCCGCUGGUACCUUCUCCGCGCUCGCCGCCGUCAUUCCCGCAACGGCCGCCGUCGCCGAUCUCAACUCGUCUUCUACGUCGACAACGACGCUACUCCCGCUCCAUCACGCGGUCUCGACGCGCGUGUCCUUAAGUCGCUCCCAGUCUUCACCUUCCCCUCUCAAACGCAUCCGGAUUCCGUCCUUGAAUGCGCCGUUUGCCUGUCGGAAUUCGAGGAGGGUGAAUCGGGUCGGGUCUUGCCCAGAUGUAACCACAGUUUUCAUUCGGAGUGUAUCGACAUGUGGUUUCGUUCUCACUCCACGUGUCCUCUCUGUCGGACCUCCGUUGAAGAAUCGGUACCCGUGUCCGAGAACCCGGGAGACUUUGUUAUUACGAUUAACGAACAGUCGGGCGGGGAAUCCGGAUCGAAUCUAGGAUCCGACUUCUGUUCCUCGUGUCGGCACGAGGAUGAACUCGCCGUCCAGUCGGCAGUUGGGUUAGGGAGGAAGUUGUCGAUCGAGGUCCCGAAAAGGAACAUCGAAGGUUCCGUAGGUGAGUCGAGUGGGUGUGACUCGGGGCCGAGUCAAUCUUAUAAAUCACCGAUUGGUCGCAUGUUGUCGUUUAAGAGGAUACUGAGUAGAGACAGGAGAGGCAGUGGGACGAGUCCUUGUCCUUCACCAAUAAACGCGACUGUAUCUGACUCGGAUAUGGAGCGAGGUGUAGAUGAGACUCGGCAAACCCUGAGCUGAGCAGACUCACUGAAACAAGUUUUCGCCACGUGGCUGAUUUUUACCUUGCCGAGACAGUCCACGUGGCAGGCUUUGGGUUGUUGAUGGUUGGGAAUAUUUGAUUUUGUGUACGUGUAUAGAUUUGAUUCAAUUAAUUUAUUAUUAUUAU